AUGCUUCUGUUCUACUUGCAAAACCGGACAACGCCCUGCGCGACCGGCGGUUUUGGGGCUUCAAGCCUUAAGAUAAAGAGCUUGGAUUUGUGUUAUGUGACUGAGAGGCCCAAAUUGAGUACAUUGCAGCCCCUCCAUGGCUCAAGGACCCCGAAAUUUGCCCGAUUUGAUGGUUUAGUGCUUUCACAUAGACCAAGGAACGAAAUAAUUGGAUGCCGAAGCUCAGUUUCCGGUGCUGAGUCUAAUGCCAACACAGAGGAUGAUUCGAAACAAACUGAGUCAACUAAUGCAACAAGCUCACUUAUUCCGAAUGCACUUGAGGUGGAGCAUCUUCUGACAGAGCUGUGUGACACAACAUCAAUUGCUGAGCUCGAACUUAAACUCGGUGGAUUCCGGUUAUAUGUGUCGAGAGACUUGACCAAACAAAAGGAACCUCCAGUUCAUGCUCCAGUGACCCACACAGUUGUUGAGACACCACCUUCAAAUGGUUUUGCUUCAUCUCCAUCUUUAGCUCUCGUGAGACCAAGAUCAUCAGAUGAUAUUAAGACACUGCUUGAUAAGGCAACAGAUGAGGGCUUGGCUAUACUUAAGUCUACAACUGUUGGAAUUUUUAGGAGAUCCAAGACCAUUAAAGGGAAGAAGUAUCCUCCACCUUGCAAAGAGAAAGACAAUGUGAAGGAAGGCAAGGUGCUCUGCUACAUUGAACAGCUGGGUAGCCAGCUCCCUAUUCAGUCUGAAAUAGCAGGAGAAGUGGUAAAGAUACUUAAAAAAGAUGGAGAUCCUGUUGGCUAUGGGGAUGCUCUUAUUGCUAUUCUUCCUUCCUUUCCGGGAAUAAAGAAGCUUCAGUAG